UAGCCUGAUCCGUGUCACAGUUCCGGGUUUUGCGGCGACUAAAGUGAAGUUUGUACACGUUGAGUAUGUGUUUUAAACUGUAGUAUUUACUAUUUAAUAGCAUUUAUGAAUUUAUACCUGGUUAGUAAUGACAUUCUUAGAAAUGCUAUGAUGUUAUUGGCGUCGUAUAAACAUGUCUGAAAGUACUAAACAAAGUGGGGACAGAAAUUGUCAAGAACCAACUCCCACAUGUCCCCAAAAUGCUAAGAAGGAUGAAUGGGAGACUUUUUUUGAGAGUCAUGACGCACCGCCUGGGUUCGCAAGUAAAAAACUACAAAUGCAUGAAUUUGCUCAAGGUCAUUUGAAAAAUGGAACCAAUGUUGUCCUCGUUACGUCCGGAGGUACAGCAGUUCCUCUGGAGAGCAGAGUUGUUCGCUUCAUCGAUAACUUCAGUUCCGGCAAACGUGGAGCUUCAUCAGCAGAAUAUUUCUUAGCAGAGGGGUAUGCCGUCAUCUUUCUUCACAGACAUAAGUCACUGCAGCCUUAUGAACGACACCUUUCUCAUACCAAAUUAAUUGAUGUACUCGACGUCCAAAAUAAACCGAAUGGAGACCAAACAAUUGUUGCAAAUCAAGCCAUGUUUCCCAAACUUCUGUCAAUCUUGAAGGUGUAUAAAGAUGUACGGGCCAGCAAUAGCCUCCUGCUUGUUGAAUUUGUCAUGCUUCAAGAAUACUUGUACCUGCUACAAGCAGCAGCGGAGGCACUGUCUUUCGCUGGGACACAAACAAUGUUCUACUUAGCAGCUGCAGUUUCAGACUUUUACAUUCCAAGCAAAGAAAUGUCGGAGCAUAAAAUUUCUUCCUCCAAUGGCCCACCGAUUAUCAGCUUGAAAGUUGUUCCUAAGAUGUUAACGCCCUUGGUGCAUCACUGGGCCCCUGAUGCGUUUGUGGUGUCGUUCAAACUGGAGACGGAUCGAGCGUUGCUUUUGGAAAAGGCCAGAAAAGCUUUAAGGGAUUAUAAUCAUGAGGUUGUGAUCGCCAACAUACUUGAGGAGCGAAACGAAUGCGUAACUAUAGUAACGCCAGACGAACACCACAAAAUUUGUAUCACCGACAGUCGUGGGACGCGAGACAUUGAGGAAUUGAUCAUUAAAGAGCUGGUAACCAAACACACUGUCUUCAUUGUGGAACAUGGACCUGAGUGAGGUGGUACCAGUUUUUUUUUUUUUUUUUUUUUUCACUACCUUACCUGGUUUUUAACCUCCAAAAGAAAGGGCAACUUGGCCUCAAGUUGGUAUGGGGUUGUGAUGUAACUCUAAAAUGACAUCUCAUCUCAACAAAAUUUAGUCAAAAUUAUUUUGGUAACGAGCAAUGGAGAGCUGUUGAUAAAAUAACACAUUGUAAGAAACGGCUCCCUCUAAAGUAACAGUGUUUGAGAAGGAGGUAAUUCCUCACUUCAAAAUUGAAAGACUCCAGGCCAGGAGACUUUUUUAGCCAUCUGAAAGCACACACAAAAAUUGUGCAACAAGAGUGUUUUUUUCUUUCAUUAUUCUCUUGCAACUUCGAUGACCAAUUGAGUACAAAUUUCCAAAGAUUUUUAAUUUCAUGCGUAUAUAGUGAUACAUCAAGUGAGAGUACUGGUCUUUGACAAUUACCAAAGGUGUCAUGUGUGCUACAUGUAUAGUGAUCAUGUAACAAAGCUGUUUUUGACUUCCCAUCGAGUUUUGUUGUACUCACUGUAUUAAUUUAUAAUGGACCAUUUUAUACCACAAAACUCAGGUUUUAUGCAUAUUGUUUUUACCCCAUGGAGUUAUUGUUAUAAUAUAUAAAUUGUACAUAAGAGUACAUUCUUUAAAAUAAAAAUGAACAGAAAUCAGCAGCUGAGUCCAGUUUGAGCACUGAUGAUGAAACAGUUUUUGUGGUCGGGUUGCCAAAGUUAAGUGGUUCAUUUUCUUGCCUUCCAUUUCAAGGACCCUGGUUCGAAUCACGCCUGUGUGUUGAAUCCUUGUAUUUGGCUAUCUGCAUAAGACAUUAGAACUUAAAGGCACUGGACACUCAAAAAAAAAUUUGGCAUAAAACUCACUUGUUGGUAAUGAGCAAUGGAG